AUGAUUCAAAGUAGUAGUGUCAAUAUUAAUAUUGAUAAUAAUAAUAAUAAUCAAAUAAUAUAUGAACAACAGCAUCUAAAACAACAACAACAACAACAACAAGAUGAUGAUGAUCGGUUACCAUUGCUACCACACUUGAUACAAUCAAAGAUAGUAGGGUAUCUGGCUAGUUGUAUAGUCCGACUAAGUCUAGUUUGUUGGCGGUUCUUUGAUUUGGUGGUCAUUCACUAUUCGACACUUUAUCUAACCAACACUAACAACAAUAACAAUAACAAUAACAAUAACAAUAACAAUAACAAUAGCAAUGGUGGUAAAUGUCAAGAUGUCUAUGCUCAUUUGUCUAGUCCGUACUGCCCGUUAAAACGUGUCACAAGUAUUGUAGGCAGUCACAACCAACUUCCACUACUCAAACCCAAUGUAAAGGUGUCAAUACACAUUAAAUAUGAUCCUCACAACCAACAAGUACACAACUUUCAAAUCGAAUCUUUGAUAUCAUCAUCAGGCGAGCAGCCACAGUCUACGGUAGUGUCGGCGACGUGUCCAUUUAAAAGCCACUGUCAUCAUUGUCAUGGAUGUGCCACUAAAAAGGGUGGUUUAGAGCAUCUUCCCAAAUUAAUAGAUACGUCUGCCACAACGAUGACCAUCCUUCCCCCACCUCCUCCAUACAACCCGAUCGAUAUGCUUUCUCAAAUAAUGCAAAUGUUAGAAUCAAUCACAAUCAAUAUUGAUUUGGUCAAUGCAGGUAAAACGAGUCAAGAUUAUUACUACCUGGUAUUUGCUUCACCAAACCUCAAAUCACUCAGAAUAUUUAACCCAGAUAAACCAGAACCGAGAGACACGAGCGUUAUAUUUGAUGCAUUGUGGAGAAAAAAACCUAAGCAGUUGGAGACUGUUUUAGUGAAUCGUCCAUUCCAACCAAUGAACAUAAGAGAUGUCAGUAAAUCACUUGAUCGACACAGAGCCACACUAAAACAAUUUAAAAUAGCCAUCAAAACACCACAUCAUUGGGAACAAGAAAGAAUGGUGUUGGAUGACUUUGAAGCAGUAUUUGGCCGUUUGCUCCAAGAUCAAAUCAGAGAUUCAACAAUAGGACUAUCAUCUUUUAAUCCCGUUCUACAUGUACAAUUCUUCCACACUGGGUUUGGGUAUUCACCAAGUUUCUCAAUCACAAAAGAGUCUCCUCAAUUCCAUUUCAACUAUGAUUACAUAAACAAAGAACGUGUUUAUCAAGGUUUUGAUGGAAUUAAAAUUUAUUUUAAUAAUAAUAAAUAA